CAGUUCAAAGCAAAAAAAAAAAAAAAAAAAAAGUGACGAAGGUUUAUGGAUUGGAUUCUAAGAGUUGGAGGAAAAUCAAGGCCAAACCCAUCUCAGCAACCCAUAACCACUAAACCAAGCUCAGUCCAAAACCAAGAAUAAAAACCCUAGUUCCCUUUGAUUCUGUGCAGAAAAAAAAAAAGAGAAAAAAAAAAGAAAAAAGAGGAAAGCUCGAGAUCGUUCUCCCUUCUAGAUCUCCGAUUUCAUCAACCAUUACCAUCCCCACCAGUUUCAUUCGCUGACCACUACCACCAUUCUCUCUCUCAUCACCGGUUUCUCAUCACCGACAGCAGCCACCACCAUCACUGCUCACCCACAGGCUUUCUCUCGGCUCUACUAUUUUUCCGAUUAUCAUCACUCCAGCCCAAUUCGGAUCUCCAGAUCUGCUCGCUUUCCUCCAUCUCACAGCAGCCAAACAACCUUCUGGGAUCUUCCUCUUCUCCUCUCAAUCGUCUGCCUUCUCAGUUUUCCAUCGACUCUGCUUCACCGUCUCCUGUUGGAAAAUUAGUCUACCAUUUUCUAUCAGAAAACCAGACAUCAUUCUCGGGUUCUCAAUGGUUAUCCCUCAAGCCAGGAACCUUCACCUUUCAAGGAUGAAUCUUGUUAGGUUGAAGGGUUUACCCAUUUUGCAGCAACUUCAUAUCGAGGAAAAGCUGCUUCGAGCCUCCUCAGAGAACUGGUGCAUCAUGAAUGAUGGAACCAAUGAUCCAACCAUUGUAAUGGGUGUUUCAGGGAAACCUGCUGAACUACUUGAAAUUGAAUCAGUGUUACGCGAUCAGGUUCCUGUCAUAAGAAGGUUCACUGGGGGAGGUACUGUUAUUGUUGAUCAAAGCACAGUAUUUGUCACUUUCAUAUGUGGGAAGGAUGCAGUACCUGGAUUACAACUGUAUCCUCGAUCAAUCAUGUCUUGGAGCAGCCUAUUAUAUAACAAAGUGUUUCAAGGAACAGGGGACUUCCACCUUCGUGAAAAUGAUUAUGUGUUUGGUAGCCAGAAAUUUGGUGGAAAUGCUCAAUCAAUCACUAAGAACAGGUGGAUACACCACACAUCGUUUUUAUGGGACUACAAGGUUAGGAACAUGGCUUACCUGAAAAAUCCCAAACGAGCUCCUGAAUAUCGACUGGCAAGGGGCCAUUUGGACUUCAUAUGCCGGUUGAAAGAUUACAUGCCGAGAACAAUUUUCGUCGAUAAGACUGUAGAAGCUGCUGGAACUGAGUUUUCUUUGAGACCUAUACGGUUGGAAGAGAUUGAAACUCACUAUGAAUCAGAAUACCGCCCCUCAACCAGUUUACUGACGGAGCAGGAACUCAAGUCAGACAUUGCAUCGGAGCAGGAACUCAAGUCAGACAUUGCAUCGGAGCAGGAACUUAAGGCAGCCACUGCAUCCCUGUAAUUUUAGCUGCGCAGAUUGACGGAGAGAUAUGCAUCCACCAUCUAAUUAUUUUUGUGAGAUUUAUUGUAAGCGACUUCCAAAUCAUUUAAUCUUCCCCGUAAUUGUAGUUUUGAGGGAGGGGGAGGGGAGUAAGUGAUAGAAAUGAUGGGACAUUCUAUGACUAAACAAAAUUAAUAUACAUCGCCUACCACUUACAGAUCAUUAGCAAACUUGUAAGGCAAAGUUCAUUUUCGAAUGCCAUUAACAUCUCUUUAGCUUAUUUUCUUUUGUCCAUCAUAUACAAUCUUCAUUUAAUUCUUUGUACGUCUAAUGAAUGGGUUAUGGAAAA